AAGAGCCUGGUGGCUCCCUGCCACGAUGCUGCGUCUGGCUGCCUUCACAGCGCUGCUGCUGUUCUUCAGGGUCAGCCUGGAGCUGUCCUGGGCCCAGGCCAUCCCUGCUCUCUUUGUCUUCUACCUGGGAUCUGGGGGAUGGAAAUUCUUCCUCAUAUUCUUAAAGACGAUACGGAGAGACCUCACCACGGGGCUGGUCCUCUUGCGGGUGAAGUGGCAGGUGUGGAGGCACGUGAGGGAGAAGAACACCAUUGCCAAGAUCUUCCAGAAGACAGCGAGCAAGUAUCCAGAGAAGACGGCACUGAUCUUCCAAGGCACGGGCGAGAGCUGGACCUUCCGGCAGCUGGACGAGUAUUCCAACCGGGUGGCCAAUUUCUUCCGCGGACACGGCUUCCGCUCUGGUGACGUGGUGGCUCUGUUCAUGGAGUCCCGCAAUCAGUACGUGGGGCUGUGGCUCGGCUUGGCCAAGAUUGGGGUGGAGACAGCCCUUGUGAAUUCCCACCUGCGCAUGGAGGCCUUGCUGCACUGCAUCACCAUCUCCAACUCCAAGGCUGUGGUUUUUGGGGUGGAGAUGAUGGAAGCCAUGCAGGAAGUGCAGCCCUCUCUGGAGAAAUCCAUCCAUCUCUUCUGGUCUGGUGAAGGAAUCCCCGAGUCAGCAAUUCCUGGUGCAAAACACCUGGAUCCCCUCUUGCAGAUGGCCCAGCGGCUCCAGCCAACCCCUCCUGAGAAGGGCUUCCUUGAUAAGCUCUUCUACAUCUAUACCUCUGGCACCACGGGGAUGCCCAAAGCUGCCAUUGUGGUGAACUGCAGGUACUUCCGCAUGUCCAACUUGGUUUAUUACGGUUUCCGCAUGAGGCCUGAUGAUGUGAUGUAUGACUGCCUCCCACUCUACCACGCUGCAGGGAACAUUGUAGGAGUCGGGCAGUGCCUGCUGCAGGGCAUGACAAUUGUCAUCCGCAAGAAGUUCUCGGCCUCGCACUUUUGGGAGGAUUGCGUGAAAUACAACUGUACGAUUGUGCAAUACAUUGGUGAGAUCUGCCGUUACCCGUACCAGGAGGCAGAGCGGCAGCACCGGGUGCGCAUGGCGGUGGGCAACGGGCUGCGGGCCUCCAUCUGGCGAGAGUUCAUGGCCCGCUUCGGCAUCGCCCAGGUGGCUGAGUUCUAUGGGGCCACCGAGUGCAACUGCAGCCUGGGCAACUUCGACAACAACGUUGGGUCCUGUGGCUUCAACAGCAGGAUCCUGCCAGGUGUGUACCCCAUCGGCUUGGUGAAGGUGGACGAAGACACCAUGGAGCUGAUCCGGGGGCCAGAUGGUGUCUGUAUCCCCUGCAAACCAGGGGAGCCGGGGCAGCUGGUGGGCCGCAUAGUCAAGAGCAACCCCUUGCAGCACUUUGAUGGCUACCUGAAUCAGUCGGCCACCAACAAGAAAAUAGCCAAGGAUGUUUUUUCAAAGGGAGAUGCUGCCUAUCUUACAGGGGACGUCCUGGUGAUGGACAAAUAUGGUUACAUGUACUUCCGGGACCGCACUGGGGACACAUUCCGCUGGAAGGGGGAGAACGUCUCCACCACAGAGGUGGAGGGGACGCUGAGCCGCAUCCUCCACUUGACGGACGUUGUUGUUUACGGGGUGGAGAUCCCAGGGAUUGAAGGGAAGGCGGGAAUGGCAGCCAUCGCUGACCCGGAGAACUCCUGUGACCUGGAGAGCUUUGCAGGUGAACUGAAAAAGGCUCUGCCGCUAUAUGCGCGGCCCGUCUUCCUGCGGUUUCUGCACGAAGUCUCCAAGACAAGCACUUACAAAUUCCAGAAGAUGGAGCUGCGCAAGCAGGGCUUUGACCCCACGCUGGUGAAGGACAGGUUGUACUUCCUGGACUCCAGGCAAGGCCUCUACCUGCCCCUGGACCAGGAAGCGUUCGACAGGAUCCAGUCGGGACAGCAGAAGCUGUAACCAGUGGGGCUCGAGCAAGGCGCCUCCCCAAGUCCUGUGGGGGAGACGGGGGGCAGGGCAGGCGCUGGGGAAGAAAAGGUUCAAGGAGUGAUAUAAAGGCACGCUAGAGAUUUUAUUUGACAAGUUUUACAGAUGAUGAGUUGGGGGGAUUGCAGGGGGGACAGAGGGGAGUGCGAUGGUUACAUACCAAAGCAUAGACUCAUUAUGGCUUUAUUUUCUAAUUGGUACAGUGGUGGUGGUCCCGUGCCACGGGAGGGGCAGGAACCUGGCCAGUUGAGGAGGGAUGGGGUGCCCCUGCCAUUCCGUUUUGUUUUUCUCAUCUUCCCCCUCCUUUUUCCUGCCUGCAGCAGCCCUUCCUUGUGCAGGCCAUGAAGGGACCAGUGCUGGGCUCUUUUCCCCCUCCUCCUCCACCAAGCAGCCAGCUCCUCCCUGGCACAGGGCCCCAGCUGGCAGAGGGAAGUGGGGUGCCAGGUGCAACCCCCACCCGCUGCGCGGCCCGCUGGUGUCGUGUUUGUGCUGUGAAUCAGGGGAGCAGGUAGUGCUGGGCUCAGGGGAGGGUCAGGGAGGUGUUUCUGCCAUGUCUUGCUCUCUCCUGGGGAUGACGUUUCUAUUUUUCACAAUCACACGCACAUUAUACAUAUAUAUAGA